UAUUGGUCCUAGUGUAGGUCCGAGUGUAAGUACUAUUAUUGGUCCUAGUGUAGGUCCGAGUGUAAGUACUAGUGUUGGUCCUAGAGCAGGUCCGAGUGUAAGUCCUAGUAUUGGUCCAAGUUUAGGUCCUAGUGUAAGUACUAGUAUUGGUCCUAGUGCAGGUCCGAGUGUAAGUACUAGUAUUGGUCCCAGUGUAGGUCCGAGUGUACGUCCUAGUGUUGCUCCUAGUGUAGGUCCGAGUGUAAGCCCUAGUAUUGGUCCUAUUGCAGGUCCUAGUGUAAGUGCUAGUAUUGGUCCUAGUCUAGGUCCGAGUGUAAGCCCUAGUAUUGGUCCUAUUGCAGGUCCUAGUGUAAGUACUAGUGGUGCUCCUAGUGUAGGUCCUAGUGUUUUCUGA